AUGCCCGUUUCGCAUAUCACCCUGACCGUCUCUCACCUCCCAACCUCUACCUCUUUCUUCUUGUCAUGUUUACAGCCAUUGGGAUACCAGUUCAUCGGGCGACAUGACGACUAUAUAGGUUUCGGUCAGAAGCAGGGGGAACCUGCUGAUUUCUGGAUGACCGAGACUAAGCCUGGAUCUCCUCCUGGUGCAGUCCAUGUCGCCUUUCCAGCCCCGUCAAAAGACGCAGUGGGCUCGUUCUUCAUAAGCGCCCUAAAAGCCGGCGCGAAGAUCCACGGCGAACCCAAGAUGCGAGACUCGCAAUCGGGGUACUUCAGUGCAGCCGUCAUCGACUUUGACGGCAACAGCAUUGAAGCCGUGUACCGGCCAGGCAAUGCCUCGGUUAUAUCAGAGGCCAGCGGGCCGACGAUGGCUCUUCUGGAGGGUGGUUCCAGCCGCUCUGUGGUUUCAAAGGCAAGCAGCAGAGCUAGCACCGUCAAGGCAGAGAGCAUCGCACCCCCACGGUCUGAGGCCAUGUCCGACACCAGGUCGGUGGCAAGGUCCGAGGCAAGAUCCGAAGCCCGAUCCGAGGCGAAGUCUCGUGCCAUUUCCAAAGCACCCACAACCUUUGAGCGGUCUGCACCAACUGUCGUUUCCCGCGGCCCACCGCCACCGUCAUACACUAUGCAAGCGCCCGCACCGCCAAAGACGGACGAUGGCAGCAAGGCAGCCAAGACCAUCGUGGGCACACUCAUUGGCGCCGCCGCAGGCGCAGCAAUCGCCUACGCAAUGGUCAAAGGCGAAUCCCAGUCAGCCGAAGAAGCCGAACAACCAACGCAGUUCGCAAACAGCUUCCCCCAAAUCAAAGCCGCCGCCCAAUCCUUCUUUGCGAACGACGAGCAACAACCCCAAUUCCGUGCCAUCGAAGCACCCGAACCACCCCGCAGCACCUACACCACUGCCUCAAACCCACGCUCAACCCUAACGCGCAGCGUAACAUCCAAGAACCCACGCGCCAGCACAAUCUACGACGGCACCGAAUACAUGCAUGACAACCCUCGCCGCGCCUCAGAAGGCAGUAUCUACAGCAUCCCAGAAGACACCCAGUUACGGGCAAUCGAGUACCCACCUGCCAGCAACGCCGCCCAGCAGCGCUACGCCUGCGCCCCCUCAACCUUCAUCAGCAGUUACCACGACGAGCGAUCCCGCGGCGGCCCAAGCGGCAGCGUGCACAGCUCAUCGACGAUCAAAGCGUCGCAGAGCACACACCGGCGUCACAGCCACGACGACCACGACGGGUACGGGUCGGUCGUCUCGCAGCGCUCACACAAGAGCCAGCAAAGCACCCACUCAUACCGGGCUGAGUCAGUGCGUUCUUCCUCGCAUGCUGGGGUCAACAAAGGCAAGGACAACGCUAGCGUUGCAUCAUCCUCCCGCUCUGCGCGCAAUAUUCCUCUCCCCGCUGGCUCGAAUGCAACAUACUAUUCCAGCCCGAGUAUCCACAGCAAGGAUGCUAGGGAUGGGUUCGAGUAUUUGUCUGCGCGGGAAAUCCCGCUUCCCGAGAGUGUGGCGGAUCUGGAUGUCGACUCGCAUGUUUCACCGGAUGACUCGAUUAGCCAGGUUGGGUCUCGUGCGCAUCGCCACCGCUCGCAUCGGUCUGGGCAUUCGCAGUCCAGGAGUUCUAAGGGUGAAGAUCAUGUGAGAUCGGCGGAUUCGGGCAGUCAGGCUUCUAGGGCGAGUCAGAGGACUGCUAAGGCUGGGGAGGGGUCGAGGGUUGCGAGUCGACGGGGAAGUCAGGUUGCUUGA